AUGUGUGAUGAUUAUGGAUUCUUUGAAGGAAAAUCGAGUAGAUCUAUCGAUCGCAUGAUGAGAGAUAAAAAUCAAAAGGUUUUUGAACUUUGUGAGGAAGAAAAACUAGUACUUGAACACUUCGAGGCCAUCGACGGUACACAAAUGGCAUCGAAGUACAAAACAAUCCUGCCGUCUCCGUCUGCGUCUCCAGUAGGGCAGCAACCCUCUCCCGUGCUAUGCUUAGUUCCCGUCCUACUCAAUUCGGGAGAAUAUAAAAUCUCAACAGACAUUCCAAAUCUCAACGGCCUGAGCACCCCACCUUCAGAAGCAACUUUAUAA